CACGGCGUUCUCUCUCAGUGAGGCGGUCUCUACCCGACCAGAGGCUCUCCAGCUCGGGUUUUUCCUCGGCGAGCAACAGCGGCGGGUACCAGCUUGUGGCGGCAGAACCGGCUCCGAAAGGGAUACUAUGACGCGCCAGGGUUGAUUCCGAGCGCUCUUCCAACGGGACUUCCCAUUAGAGGUCCGUUCGAGUCGUCAUGGUGAGCCGAAUGAGCGCGCGGUGGAGCGGCCCGGCGUCCUGCGUGCGCCCGGCGAGGGUGGCGCACAAGCGGUUAGACGCGGACGAGCAACCGCCUGCCAAGCGCGCCCGGAGGUUGAGCACGGAGACUGGGGACGCUCAAGUGGGGCUCCUGGGCUCUUCACCGGGGUGCCCGGCCAGCCCGGCCGCCGUCCCGGGGUGGACCCAGCGGGGUCCCUCCAGAAUCGGCCCCUUCCUGCUGGUGCCGGCGUCCGAGCGGGAAGGCGUGCACUGCGGCGCCGUCAACACCGACACCGGCGACGAGCUCCUGUGCAAGGUGUUCAGCAUGGCGGAGUACCAGGACAAGAUGCGAGUGUACGGGGUGCUGCCCCCCCACAGGAACGUGUCGGGCGUCAGGGAGGUGAUCCUGGGCGAGCGUGAGGCCUACGUCUUCCUGGACAAGGACUUCGGGGACAUGCACUCGCUGGUGAAGAGCUGCCGGCGGCUGGACGAGGCGCAGGCGCGGACGCUCUUCCACCAGGUGGCGCUAGCCGUGGCUCACUGCCACCAGGCGGGCGUCGUGCUGGGCGACCUUAAACUGCGCAAGUUUGUGUUCGCCGACGAGAAGAGGACCCACGUGAGACUGGAGGGCGUGGAGGACUGCCGGGUCCUGGAGGACCCCAGAGACGACUCCAUGUCCGACACCCACGGAUGCCCCGCCUACGUCAGCCCGGAGAUCCUCAGCGGCUCGGUGCCUUACUCGGGCAAGAUGGCCGACAUGUGGAGCCUGGGCGUCAUGCUGUACACCAUGCUGGCCGGCCGCUACCCCUUCCACGACCCCGACCCGGCCGCCCUCUUCUCCAAAAUCCGCCGCGGCCAGUGUUGCCUGCCCGAGGGCCUGUCGCCCAAAGCGAGGUGCCUGGUGCAGAGCCUCCUCAGGAAGGAACCGUCGGAGAGACUCUCUGCGGUCGAGCUGCUAGCGCACCCGUGGUUCCGCCGUACGUCGUCAUCAGACGGCGAGGCGGCGCCAGGCGACAAGGAGGCCAGCUCGGCCGAGCAGACGGUGCCGUUGUUUGACGCGGGGGAGGACGACGACCUCCUCUGCUGACGGUCGGACCAAAAACUCCAACAUUUGUCACUUUUUCAAACCCACGGGUGUUCUCUUGUCCUCUUUUUUUUGUUUUGUACCUUCUUGUAACCUGAGGGCAUUUUUGUUGUAGUUUCUGGUGCUAAGACAACAAGCCUCACGCUUUGCUAGGCUAACACAUAUGCCGGUCGGAGUCAUCCACCAGACCCAGAAGGGCUUCAGAUGGUCUGACUCAGCCGAUGACUGGCGAGCAGGAAGACGACGCGCGAGCCGGGACCGGAGCUGUGAGACCGACCCAUGCGUCACACGGACAGGACAGUAGGGACUUCGAUCCCUGAAGAACCACUAGCUAGCUAGCUAGCAGGACCACGAUAGGAUGAGGUGCAACCGCUAAGAGUUCUUGUCUUUUGCUGCAAAGCUGAUAGGUGGGUGGGCGUUGGGU